AUGCCGCUGUAACGGGCAGAUCCCGCUUCUAGAAGGCGAUGGACGCAUGCGCAGUUGCGUAGACUGGCUCUGGGCAAGGACAUUAGGAGAGUGACAUUUGUGUAACGUUAACAGCAGAUUCAUAUUCUUUCUAAAUCACACAGAAAUUUGCGUCAAUCAGAUUUGGAUACACUCUCGCAUCUCUGCACAGUGAGCUGACGGUCCACAGCAUUUCAUCAGAUUCAGGGUGGACAGUGUGAUUUAAAUGUUUUUGGUUUUUUUUGCCCAGGUUAGGUUUUGAAGGACAGACGCUUCUUUGUGGAUGAGUGAGUAAUCAGAGGCAGCGGUGGAUGGCAGAGUUCACGUUUGGUCCUCUUUGAGUAGCUUGAGGAUGUCAUCUUACUGAGACUCCAUCGAGGUCACCGCAGCACCCUGACUUGAAUGGCUGUGUGCAGAGGGGGUGUCUCUCUUUGGGUGGGGUGUGUCAGGAACCAUGGCGGCAGGCAACCGAUGACGAAACAGUGCUGGAAUUUAUGUCAGACAACCGAAUUUCACUUGAAUGAAAACUGUAGGGCCCUGAGCAGUGCAUCAUGGACCUUGGCUCCUCCGAACAGUCUGCGUUACCUGUCCAUUAAGCAGCCAUCCCUGUCCCAUCCCUUCCACCACGCAUGCCAGCUGAACAGAGCGGCCAGCCUAGAGGAGGAGGAAUGGGAGGAGGCCAUCAGUUUGCCUGUCUUGCUCAAACCUGGAGAGACCGAUGAGCAGCACACCGUGGUGGAAGUGCCCUUUCUCGGGCCGGCCAAACUAAGCGAGCUCCUUGCUUUGGGACUCAACAGACCCUUUGACUUGCUUUUUCCUUUAACCACUGUUGAUGGGAGCAGAGAGGAUGAUAUUAGUGUUACCGUAAAGGUGUGGACUGAGGAAAACCAGCUGAUGGAGAGAGGCUCCUUCAGGAGUCUGUUUGAGGCCGAGGGAUGCCCUGCGCCUUUUACGUUGGGAUCUCGCUUCUUUUGUUUUCACUGCCCCGGGAUGGAGUCUGUUUCGGAGAUUGUGGAUGAAGCAGGAAAGGGACAGGAUGAGCAGAGCUUCUGUCUGGCCCCCAAUGUCACACAUUACAGCCAUGCUGAGACUGAGAGAGUGGACAAGAGCUCCAGCCAGAGAGACAUGGAGAAUGAAGAGAAACUGGCCCUGAUGCAUGAAAAACUGAGGGUGGAGCUUCCCAGUUUCUUUGUGAAAAAUCAUGACUACAGCAUAUACUCUGAAGAUGUUGAGUUCAUCAAUGGUCUUCUGAACACCAAAACAAGGGGUCGUGUAGUGUACCAGCUGACGCUGACGCUUUGGCGAUUGAUGUGUCAGUGUUACUAUGCGGAGGCUCAGCUGGAAGUGCUGAAGCUGACCAAGCAUCCAGAAGACAGCUCCAUCAAAGCUCGCUGGAGAGUCAAAGGCCUGCCCUUCCACUCCAUUCUGGUCUUCUUCUACAAGAAAGACAAGAGCCACCUCUACAGAAUAUAUGAUGCAUUAUCCACCUUCUAUGUUGGCUCUGAUGGACGAAUACACCGGCAUAAAGUCGAAAAGGUUAUGGAGGCUCGUCCUCCCUUGCUGCCCAAAGUGACCUCAAUGCUGGCCGGGGCUCUGGUGGCGCUGGGCAUUCAGGAGCACCGGCCCGCUCUCAACCUGCUCCCACUCCUGCUGUCUUCCCUCCGACAGACCCGAGCCUGAGCCGCAAAUGCGUUUGGUCACACCAUUAAAAAGACU